CUGUGUGAGGACGCGGAAGCUGGAGAGUCAUUUGACUUUCCAGACGAUAAGCAUAUGUCAAAGUCCAUCGAGGCUCGGUUUCAGAAAAACUCUUGGAAGUUACAAAGAGGCCAACAAACUUCUCUGACUUGAACUCCAUUGAAAAUCUCUCUUAGGAUUGGAAAAAAAAGUGGCUGCAGCACGGAAAAUCAAGAACAUCAAUGACUUGAAGGCCUAAAACACCCCAGGAACGCUAUGAAUCAUGACUGCAGCAGAUAAUGUACAGCAAAAUGUUGCUCUCCUAAUUACUAAAGAAGCAGCAGGGGUUUAAUAAUACUGAGACUACAGUAGUCAUUACACGUUGAACUAAUUUGUGACAUUGUCGAGCUUCUUGCAUAGUUCUUCUUUGCACAUUCUGCCAAUAAAUCUUGAUUUGCAGCCGGCGUUAGGCGGCUAUGAUUUACAACUGCUGAGCUAACUUAUUGACAAAGACUCACGUGAAAAAAACAUGUAAUCUAACCAACCAGAACAUUGGUUGGUGAGAAUAGAGAAGUGAGGGAGUGAUAAGUCUGAACGAAAACACUCUCAGCCCGAGGAAGGAGGAAGUCACAGCAUACAGCCAGGUGAAUGUAAUGAGAAGAAGUGGUGGCCACAGUGUGAAGCUGCCAUCUGUCAGGGGGUGAAAUGUCUGUCGACGGCACGAAGCUGCUGUUUGAGGGGUUUCUGCAAAAACGAAAAGACAAUUUGAAAAUAAGAUGGGUGACCUACUGGUUCAGGCUUCAAAACACUACUUUGUUUUUUUAUACCAAGAAAAACGGCAGCGCUUCACACUUAAGAGGCUAUUACUACAUUUACACAGUCCAGUCGGUGCGAGAAGUCCAGAGAACCGACAAGAAGCACUUUCUAUUUGAAAUCAUCAUGAUCAAUGGAAAGAAAAAGAUGUUGGCAGCAGAGACAGCAGCCCUCAGAAAAGAGUGGGUUGGGCACCUUUGGCAGGCAAUGCAUCUCUCCUCUUCUGGACUUCCGGACUCUAGAGGCCCAGACCUGGAGAUGUUCGAUCAGCGAGGGAGUCUAAGCAGCAACAUGUCCAUCUCCCUGUGCAGCGACAGCGUGAGGGAGGUGCGGCCGCCUCGCCCUCUCUCCGCCUCCUCAGAGCACAUCUACUCAGAGACCGAGGGCUUCACUUCGUCCAUCUGCCCGCCUGAGGACGAGGACAGCGAUGACGCAACGUACCAGAACCUGCGAAGGCCCCUCACCUCCAUCGAGGCCCCCAAGGACCCCGAUCAGUCCACUGAGAUGAGCUAUGAAGAGCAAAGACAGGAUGUCCUCUAUGACGUCUUACCUGCCAGACAAAGUACAUGUGAAGCUCCUCCAACACAAGCGCACGAUUCUGUGUACGACUUCCCUUUGUCUUACAAGACAUCUAGUGGUCACCAAGACCCCACAGAUGGAGUGUAUGACGUCCCCGUUUCUGACCACAAAGAUGGAAUCUACGACGUCCCGGUGUCCGAACGCAAAGACUCAGUCUACGACGUCCCAGCCCAUCUGCUGAGGAAAAAGAGCGAUCACACUGAAGACGAGCAGCCGGAGGAGGAAACCUACUGGAGGAUAUGAGGAGAGGAAAACAACAAAUCAGGAGCACAUUUCUUUUCUUUUCUUUUCUCUUCUUUUCUU